AGAGGAGCAGGAGUGAGGACGCUGGUGCUGGGCUUGUUUUUCACACAUCGGCUGCUUGUUUUUUAUUUAGAGUUGGCAACAUUGGACACAACACAUUUCAGUGGAGGAGGUGGGAGAGGAGGUGACGGUGACCGGCAGUGAGGGGUAACUGAAGGAGCUGGAGUCCCACGAAGAAUAGAAGAAAAGGCUGUGGAAAGAGACGACGUGGAAAGGCUCCUUGUUCCCUGAUCUAGCCAACUAAAGAUAUAAUUUCUUCUGAAGCCUCUGGAGGGUUCAAGAAAACAAUUUUCAUUUUCUGGAUAGAAGUUUUUAUCUAAUACAUGAUGAGCCUCACAGGAGAGAGACCACAUCUGUGCUCCGAGUGUGACAGAAGCUUUACAUAUAAAUCACAGCUUAUCAUACAUCAGAGGAUUCACACAGGAGAGAAACCAUUUACAUGUUCUGAAUGCAGCAAGUGUUUUUCCCAGAAGUCACAUCUUUUUAUGCAUCAGAGAGUUCACACAGGAGAGAAACCAUUUGAAUGUUCUGAAUGCAGCAUGUGUUUUUCCCAGAAGUCACUUCUUCUUACACAUCAGAGGAGUCAUGCAGGAGAAAAACCAUUUACAUGUUCUGAAUGCAGCAAGUGUUUUUCCCGGAAGUCGCUUCUUAUUAUACAUCAAAGGAGUCACACAGGAGAAAAACCAUUUACAUGUUCUGAAUGUAGUAAGUGUUUUUCCCGGACAUCACAUCUUGUUAAGCAUCAGAGAGUUCACACAGGAGAGAAACCAUUUGAAUGUUCUGAAUGUAACAAGUGUUUUUCCUAUAAGUCAUCUCUUGUUAUACAUCAUAGGAUUCACAGAGGAGAGAAAUCAUUUACAUGUUCUGAAUGCAGCAAGUGUUUUUACCAGAAGUCAUCUCUUGUUAUACAUCAGAGGAGUCACACAGGAGAGAAACCAUUUGAAUGUUCUGAAUGCAGCAAGUGUUUUUCCCGGAAGUCACUUCUUCUUAUACAUCAGAGGAGUCACACAGGAGAGAAACCAUUUACAUGUUCUGAAUGUAGCAAGUGUUUUUCCCGGACGUCACAUCUUGUUAAGCAUCAGAGGAGUCACACAGGAGAGAAACCAUUUACAUGUUCUGAAUGUAGCAAGUGUUUUUCCCAUAAGUCAUCUCUUGUUAUACAUCAGAUGAGUCACAGAGGAGAGAAAUCAUUUAAAUGUUCUGAAUGCAGCAAGUGUUUCUACCAGAAGUCAGAGCUUGUUAUACAUCAGAGGAGUCACACAGGAGAAAAACCAUUUACAUGUUCUGAAUGCAGCAAGUUAUUUUCCCGGAAGUCAACUCUUAUUAUACAUCAGAGAGUUCACACUGGAGAGAAACCAUUUGAAUGUUGUGAAUGCAGCAAGUGUUUUUCCCGGAAGUCACUUCUUAUUGGACAUCAGAGGAGUCACACAGGAGAAACAGUAGUUUGCAGGAAUCUAUGACCUGCAAACUUCCUUUGUUCUAGGGAACAGGAUUGCCACCUAGCAACAGCUGGUGGGUUAUGUAGUAAGCAUCCUGAUUUUCCGCUGUAAGGCAGGCAAGUGAAAUUUCUAAAUCGCUAACCUGCCUGCAGGUCACAUGCACACUAGCAGCUGGGCGGGGCUAACACAGAUACAGAUUUUUCCAGGCUUACUGGUAGCAAUCCCAAUAACCAGAACAACUGUGGGUGAAUAUUGUGUGUGUUGGAACAAAGGAGAGUAAUACCUACACAUUUAGAUCUAAACUGACUGAACCAUUUAUUUAGGUAUACAGUACUGGUGAGGCUUGGGUAAGGCAAACACUGAGAAGAAAUUAAUUUUCUCUGACGUCCUAGUGGAUGCUGGCAACUCCGUAAGGACC